AUGAACGUCCUCUCUUUCUGGGCUCUAGGCAACAUCAACGUCGGACUUGCCAACAUGUGUUUAGUAAGGCACGUUGUAACUGAAGCAAGUCCUCGCGGCAUCUUUGACAAGUCUCUCGAGCAUGUGAGCUAUUGCUGGAAGAGACGGUUUUGGCCUGAGGUAUUACGCAAUGGCGAGGCGAUAUUAGAAGAGUUUCCAAACUUGGAAACACUGACAUUCUCAUUGAAGCCGCCGCGUGGGACGACCUUCAAACCGGCUUUCUUCGCUGUGACCAACAAGACUAGGGAGCAGCGUGUUGGUCUGGUUGCUACUUGGAUGGGUCAAAGAUCUUGGUGGGAAGACGAGCGAAUGCGUCAGAUCUUGCACCUAGAGAUGGUACCAUCGCCCGGGUUAUCGAAAGAUGAAUACGCAGGUUCGCGAUUCGUUCCCGAAGACGACGAUGUCUGGGACUGUACAGAGUUUACGGAUGCAUUCGAGCAGAUGAAAGACUCGAUGCAGUCGGACGCGCAUGUUGACGCUUCGAUCGGAUGA